CCUUCAUCUGCAACGUCUUCAUCCACGCCGUAAUGGACGCCAUCUAUCGCGCCCUAGAGCAAAUGUCUAACGAGUAUGGUUUGCCCGGGCUUACAUCCAAAGUUACGCUCCCCCUCCUUGUGCGGUUUCUCCGGUUGGCCAGCGCUGUAAAGCGUUAUGCCUUGCAUUCCGUUUUCCCUCCAGACUGUACCAGCGACAAGGUUGCGAUCCCGGAGGCGGAGGACCUUACGCCUAGCACCGUCGCGUACCUCGCCUUGCAAAUGGAAAUGUCUCAGCCUGAGGUCCUCGCCCUCUGGAGUGCGCUCGGACCGCUCGUGUGGCAGACCGACUCAAUCCGCUGGCUUGGAGAUGAUCCCGAGUGGGGCCGCACCAGUCCACUGUCGCCUGGGGGCCUGGGCUUUCGAAUGCUCUAUCCUCCCGUACGGGUAUGCGACCGCACAUACUGCACCGACCGCCAGCUCCUUCGCCAACGCGUGGACGCCUUCCACGAUGUCGCGCUCUUUACGCUGGAUCAGGGCGUCUGUGAUGCACAUGCAGUAAACCUGUUGUGUCCAGGCUGCGGCACAGUAUACAAGCUCAACUAUACCGUCCACGCCAAACAACGCAUCUAUUAUGCCGGCAUCCCUGACAUCAUACAGGUCGCUGAGCACACGUUCGUCGAACGCCGCGUCCUGGAGUUAUUCACCACCCUUUCCUUGCUAUCCUGGACUUCCCACACAAAUUCGGCACACAUAUACGACCGUGCCCUGUCUGGUCUGGAUGCAAAGACACGCCGCAUCGCCCGGUACCAUCUUCGCACCGAGCACGUAUCGGACGGGUUUGUGAUACUGGCCCUCCUCAAGGAUGCACGCGAUCGGCAGUACGUCCUGCAUGUGCCCCAGGAGGGCGACCAGAGCGUACGCUUUUCCGCCGCUAUGAAAGCACGGAACGACCACAUGCGUGCGUCGGGGCAGCCGGAGUUCUUGCACUGCUGCGACAAGUGCGUCCGGCAGUAUAAGAAGCCUGACGGCUCUACAGGCUUUGUGGACGCGGUGAUCACGGACGGGAUCGAAAUCGGUCGGCCGUGCUGCAAGGUGCGGCACUGUACCGAGGCCCUCUCGUCCACCCAGGAUCACUAUUGUCCGUCCCACAAAAGCCGCAACACGCUAUGUUACAUCGAGGCCUGCAACGAACAGCGGGUAGGAAAUUUUCGCACCUGCGACUUGCCGUCCCAUCGUGCCGUCGAGGAGUAUGCGGCACUCCAGAAUAAGGCGCUCUUCACACUGCGCCGUCGUCUCCAGCGUGCCAACACGGGCAGUCAGCCUGAGGAUUCAACGCAGGUCGAGCCCCACGAGGAUGGUACGGUGGAGGUGCAGGUCGAGGAGACUGUCGAUGGCGCUGGCCGCAUCCGUGUCGACGUGGACGAGGGUCCGCCUGCAGCGGCUGGUGCGGGCUUAAAUCUAGCUGACGCCCAUGCUGCCCCCGCCGAGCCUGCCACCUCGUCGGGUGCUGCCCAUGCCAACGUAGCCGAUGAACACGGAACUCACGCAACGACCGUGCCAUGCCCCGAGAAGCCCGCCGUACCCAAGCGCACUUUGCGCGCGAUGUUUGGUCGCCGUAGGACGCACAACGAACAGCUCAUUGUGCGGCCCUGCGGCGUCAUCAUCCGGCGUGAAACCUUCUACGGUUCGGAGAGUGUUCGUCAAGUAUGCUCUUUGUACAAGCAGACAUGGCCUGAUCCGGCACUACGCCCUCGGGUCUCGCUCUAUGACAACAAUUGCCGACUCUAUAUCUGGUGCGCUGCCAACGGGGAGACUCUCCACAAGGAGAUCGGUCUCCCGGUCGACGUUUUCCACUGGAAGUGCAAACACAAGAAGACCGACGAGGCCUGCUCCAUCCACUGCAACCCAUACGCCUUCCCCGAGAUCCGCAACGCAGAUGACACUUGGUUUUUUAACUCGUCUAUCGCAGAGCAGACGAACGUGUGGCUGGGGGGGUAUCACGCAAUAAUCAGGGAGAUGUCGGCGGACAAGUAUGACUUUUUCUUGGACGAAAUGAUCAAGCUGAAGAAUGAGCUGACGGUUGCGAAGCUGGCGAGGCAGAAUCAUGUUCCUUAUUAUCGCUACUAG